AUGAGUGGCUGCCCCUUCGCAGGGAACAGUUACCUAUUUAAUUUUAACAAGCUAUCUUUGGAAGAUGAAAAAGAUGACAAAUCACAAGAAGGAAUAAAUAAAGCCAGCAAAGGUGGACUAGUCUAUGGAGAAUAUCUACAACUGAACAAAAUAUUGAAUGCUCAAGAACUUCAGAGUGAGAAGAAAGGAAAGAAAAUCCAUGAUGAGCAUCUUUUUAUUGUAACACAUCAAGCUUAUGAACUUUGGUUUAAGCAGAUUCUGUGGGAAAUGGACUCUGUGCGGGUCAUCUUUCAAAAUGGCCAUGUAAGAGAUGAGAGGAACAUGCUCAAGGUUAUUACUCGAAUUAACAGAAUUUCAAUGAUUCUGAAAUUACUUGUAGAACAGUUCUCAGUUUUGGAAACUAUGACUGCACUGGACUUCUUUGAUUUCAGAUACUACCUAAGCCCAGCCUCAGGUUUUCAGAGCCUGCAGUUUCGCUUGCUAGAGAACAAAACUGGUGUUCCCCAAAGUCUGAGAGUUCCCUAUAACAGAAGGCACUAUCGUGAUAAUUUCAAGGGACAGGAUUAUGAACUACUGCUUCAAUCAGAGCAAGAACCAACUCUACUGCAACUUGUGGAGGCAUGGCUGGAAAGAACUCCGGGACUCGAUGCUGAAGGAUUUGAUUUCUGGGGACAAUUUGAAGUGAAUGUUUUAAAAGGUCUAGAAGAGGAAUUUGCGUUGUUGCAGGCCAAACCAGAAUCAGAAGAAAAAGAUGAUGAAUUAUCUGAAUUCCAAAAACAGAAAGAUGUAUUACUAUCAUUAUUUGAUGAAAAACGCCAUGAACACCUGCUUAGUAAAGGAGAAAGACGACUGUCUUAUAAAGCACUGAAGGGUGCCCUAAUGAUCUACUUCUACAGGGAGGAGCCUCGUUUUCAGGUUCCCUUUCAACUUCUUACUUCCCUUAUGGAUAUCGAUGUGCUCAUGACCAAAUGGAGAUAUAACCAUGUCUGCAUGGUGCACAGAAUGAUUGGCAGCAAGGCUGGCACUGGUGGCUCAUCAGGCUACCAGUAUUUGCGCUCAACAGUGAGUGACAGAUACAAGGUGUUUGUGGAUUUGUUCAAUCUUUCAACAUUUCUAGUGCCAAGACACUGGAUACCAAAGAUGAACCCAAACAUUCAUAAAUUCCUGUACACUGCAGAAUACUGCGACAGCUCCUAUUUUAGCAGUGACGAUUCUGACUAG